AUGUCUAAAUCGGUGUCCAUCCCGAUAGCUCUGAGUGAGCUGAGAUGUUCUCUUAAACGACUAAGUACUCGUCGAGAACAACGAGACACCACUUUGAACGGAUUUGUAAUAUCAGUCGCCAAUUUACCAGAUGGUGUUCGGCUUUACGGAACGCCAGCCGAGCGAGCAGGUCUUACUGUUGGGGACGAGAUCAUCGCCGUCAAUGGCACGGAAAUCGAAGGGAAGUCGCACGAAGAAGUUGUUUCAUACAUCCAGGAG